AUGCCUCGAGACCUUCUAGACGUAUCUAAAGUAGACGAGCACGGCAUUAUUCACCUUGCUCGACGACAUUUCACCGUGCUAUAUAGUGACGAAAACUACAUUAUUGAAAUUCAAGACUUCGAUAAAGGGGUAUGGACAAUUUUGCUCUCCGCUGCUUCAAUAGCUUAUCACAAGACCAGGAAAUUAGUGGAGUUUAGGUGGCGAGUAUAUUACUCCAACUACCCUCCUACUACACACUUAACUACAACUUCACUCGUGUUAAUCUCUAGUGGCUUAGACGUUACGUUCGUUCUAUCAUUCCAUCAGAACAACACCGUGGAGAUGCGUUGCCGUCCGAUACGAUUAGAGAAGAGCCAUACAAUUAUGACUAAGGUGCCCCCGCACUAG